AUGAUUCAAAAGACAUUGUCUACUUUCACUUUGUCAUCUGUUAUUCUAGCAAACCAAUACCGCAUAGAGGUUGAUAAUAAUAGAAGAACAAUUUUUAUCAAGUUGAUCAACUUAUUGUGGGUGGCCGAAAGGCACAAUGAAGUUCUAGUAAACAACAAUGCUAGAGCCCCAGGGAAGAAGAAAAUUCCCGAGGCUAACCAUGGAAAAAAGGGUCAUCGUGAAAGGGGCCAUAGGCGUGGAGGGCAUUCAAAUACCUGGUCUAGAGAUGUUAAUUCUGGACCUAGUGGUAGGGGCAACACUGUUGAAAAAACAUAUAAGAACCCCACACCUAAGAAGGUCGAGAAUGGAAAUGCACCUUGUUACAUGUGUGGAGUCUCCGUACAUUGGUACCAGCAAUGCAAGGAUAGUGCCAAAGUAGCAUCCAGCUACAAAAAGUACCGGGAAUCUAUAGAUCAAGAAGCUCACUGUGUGGAAGAACAUGAUCAUGCCCCAGAUGUCAACUUCACCAUUUCAGACUUCCAGGGCAACAAGAACCAUGCCCUAAUGGAAACAUCUGAUUUUGGUUGA